AUGUUGGUCAAGGGCAGCGCGAUCCUCCCGCCGAAAAGCGGCCCCUCGUUGCCUGGCCGUUCUGUUGAAGGGCCUCCUGGUCUUAUUCUACAAGCCCAGCCAGACCGGGAGAAAGGGCUGGUUCUCUCCGCCGAAGGGGACAGCAGGAGGAGGAGGCCGGUUUGUUGUGGGUGGGCGCAGUUUGGGCUGGUGGCCGGGCGGUUGACGGUGCGGCGCUCCUCCAAUGAUGAGUCAUGCGGGGGACAAGCCAGGCCAUCGAGUUUGGUGAAGCCGGUGGCUUUGAGGAAGCUUCCGGGCAGAUACUACCUCGCCCACCAAGAGGGCUUGCCUUCCCUUCCGGUCCCGCCGCUCCAGCAAACCUUGGAUCGUUACCUGCUGGCGCUGCAGCCCAUCAUCAGUGAGGAGGAGCUGGGCCACACCCAGCAGCUGGUGGAGGAGUUUCGGAAGCCAGGCGGGGUCGGAGAACGGCUGCAGAAGGGGUUGGAGAGGAGGGCUCGGAAACAUGAGAACUGGCUCUCGGACUGGUGGCUGAAAACAGCUUAUCUGGAGUAUCGUCUCCCUGUGGUUGUGCAUUCGAGUCCCGGCGUGGUAUUGCCCAAGCAAGAUUUUCAGGAUCGGCAAGGCCAGCUGAGAUUUGCUGCAAAGCUGAUUGAAGGUGCCUUAGACUUCAAGACCAUGAUUGACAACGAGACACUUCCCGUGGAAUACCUUGGCGGAAAACCUCUGUGCAUGAACCAGUACUACCAGAUCCUCUCCUCCUGCCGCAUCCCUGGCCCCACGGAUUCUGUGGUGAACUACGCCAAAGGAAAGAAGCCCCCCACCCACAUUACCGUGGUCCACAACUUCCAGUUCUUUGAGCUCGAUGUAUACAGCAGCGACGGCAGUCCUUUGACCACCGACCAGAUCUUUCUGCAGCUGGAGAAGAUUUGGAACACCUCCCUCCAAACCAACAAGGAGCCCAUCGGGAUCUUGACCACAAACCAUCGCAACAGCUGGGCCAAGGCCUACAACAACCUCAUCAAAGACAAGACCAACAAGGAGUCCGUGCGCUCGAUUGAAAAAAGCAUCUUCACUGUUUGUCUGGAUGCACCAAUGCCCCGGGUGUCGGACGACGUCUAUAAGAGCCGAGUGGCGGCCCAGAUGCUGCAUGGCGGGGGGAGUCGCUGGAAUAGUGGAAACCGCUGGUUUGAUAAAACUCUUCAGUUCAUCAUUGCAGAAGACGGCUCGUGCGGGUUGGUGUAUGAGCACGCUCCCUCGGAGGGCCCCCCCCUCAUCGCCCUGGUGGAUCAUGUUGUGGAGUACACGAGGAAACCUGAGCUGGUGAGAUCUCCCAUGGUUCCCUUGCCGAUGCCCAAGAAGCUCCGAUUUAACAUCACCCCGGAAAUAAAGAAUGACAUUGAGAAGGCAAAACAGAACCUGAACAUCAUGGUACAAGACCUGGAUAUCAAGGUGCUUGUCUUCCACCACUUUGGGAAGAAUUUCCCCAAGUCAGAGAAGAUCAGUCCGGACGCUUUUAUCCAGGUUGCUCUGCAGCUGGCAUAUUACAGGAUGUAUGGGCAGUCCUGUGCCACUUACGAAAGUGCCUCUCUCCGGAUGUUCCGCCUGGGUCGGACAGACACAAUCCGUUCUGCCUCCAUAGACUCCGCCGUGUUUGUGGCCACCAUGGAUGAUGCUGGCAAGCAGGACCAGGAGAAGGCGGAACUGUUGAGGAGGGCAACCCAAGCCCACCGAGCAUAUACUGAUCUGGCGAUCAGGGGCAACGCAAUCGACCGCCACUUGCUGGGCUUGAAGCUCCAAGCCAUUGAGGACCUCGUGAGCAUGCCCGAACUCUUCAUGGACACGGCCUAUGCGGUCGCCAUGCACUUCAACCUCUCCACCAGCCAAGUCCCUGCAAAGACGGACUGCGUCAUGUGCUUUGGCCCAGUCGUCCCAGAUGGCUACGGCGUCUGCUACAACCCCAUGGCUGAGCACAUCAACUUUGCAAUCUCGGCCUUCAACAGCUGCGCUGAAACCAACGCCGCUCAGCUGGCGCAUUACUUGGAGAAGGCCCUGUUGGACAUGAGGCUGCUGCUCCAGUCAAGCCCCAAAUCCAAACUCUGAGAAAAAGAAAAAUGCAGCCAAAAGCCAACCCAGGAUGUAGCCUUCCGAUCUGGGUGCAAGUUUUCCCCACCCACGAUCAGAAGGAAACAGGCAUGUUCGGUGCCCAUCCCUGCAAAUUCCUCGGAUUGCAAAGAGAAAAAGAAAUGGAUGGAACGAACUGAGAUCUGAGAAGCACUUCUUCUGAAGGGGGACUGGCACUUUCUGUUUCUUGCUGUGGAAAGAAGAAUAUAUCUAAUGCGCCCUUCCUCCUAGAAGCUAAUUCUUCCAGUAGACUGCUGGAGAAUUCAUUUUUUGUGUGUUUGAUGUCCAGGCCAAUGUUGAUAAGCAGAAGAAUUGCCUUGAGGCUUCCUCUGGGCUUUUCUACUCCCCCAGAUUUUCCCGAGGGUCUCUGGGGGUCUUGGUCCCCAGGCAGUUUUGUGCCUCCCCAAGUGCAUUCAGGGCUGUCAAAUGAGAGGUAAGGAAAUCGCAUCCUGCUAGGAUCCAUUUUGGUGCUCAUCUAGACAGAGGGGUCCAUCCAGCCUCCUCUUCCCCAGGAGUCGUAUCCUCUGUGCCCUUUCGCCACACGUAGUCUUCCCCCUCCCUCCCUCCCUGCUGCAGUCUGCCCCUGGAAUUGUUGUGCUGUUGAAAAAAAUCUGUUCUGAAGCAUC